AUGCCGUCCGCCAUUCUUCGCCCACCCGACUCUGCCUGGAUGAAUCAACAGUGCUAUGGACGGUGUGGGCCAUUUGCUUCCCCAGACGAGUUAACCAUGCAUCCGACCACACUGAAACUCGACACCCAACGUCGUCUCUCCAACCAUUCCCUCCCUGACUCCUCCCUCUCCGACGGUACCAGCUCCAGCCCAAGUCCAGCAAAGCUCCGUCGACGAGCCUCGCAAGGAUCCCUCCGCACAAAGCCCUCCCCAGUCUCCCGUUUCCUCUCCAAGGGCAGCGUCGCCGUACAUUUCCCUUCCUGGGAACACCGCAGCUCUUCGCCGGGCUCGCCGCUUCGGGUCGAGUCGCGGACCCGGCCUGCAGAUUCUCGUCUUCGUCUGUCCACCACCGUGUCUCGCGGGCCGAGACCCUUGACGGCACAUUCAAACUCAUCCACAUCUCCCUGGAAUUCUCCUCCUCCUUCCUACCAGUCCGACUACCCUUCUAUUCUUCCCCUUACACCACCAGACGACGAUAGCCACGUUGCCUGGAACCCGCAGUCCGAGAUGAUGCUCUUUGAUACCCAUGACCACCGAAAGUCGAGCUCCGGUGCCAUGAUGGACGAGAGCCACGGCAUGGGAACCUCCCCAGCAACGGGCCCGUCAGAUACCCUUAGUAGUCCGGACGGCCUGUCCAAUGGCUCUUCUAGCUCUGAGGGCAGUCCAGGUCCUCAGGACGAGAUGGACUGCCAACAAGACAUGGGAUCGUGGUUGGACCAAGGGAUUAACGUGACUGUAUCUUCCUUGGGAACAUCAAACCCGCGAGGCGAGGCCGUCAAGAUCGUCUCACAGACUCUGCCAUACCCGAGAACUUCAGAUCAAUCGAUUUCGGUGCCGAGAAAUGACACCAUCUUCUGCUCUAUCGUCCAGGCUGUCCACAGCCACCUGCAGCCUGGCCACUCGCCCUACAUGAAUGUCACACACGCAGUGCCCGAACAGUUCAGCCUGUCCAACCUGCCCCAUUCUCCUCCCAACACUCCUCGUUCUCCGACCGCUGCCGAUGAUUAUUUCAACGCCACUGUUUUCUCCAGCGCUGCAGUGGUGGGUGCCUACCACGAUUUCCGUGGCCCGCUUCAACGGCACCUUGCACAUGCUCCGAUGCCCAUCGUCCCCCCUCACAGUGUUCAUAUUUCCGUGUUAGAGCGAUACCUCCCCCCGCCUUCCGCCCAGGAAUAUAGAGAUCUGUUUUGCCCAACCCGUCCGUCGUUCCUUGUGGACCGACUCAGCGAGCUAUCUCCAAACGGAGGCUCGCUUCUCUUCAUCUACCCCACCAAGAAAGGUGCCUCCACAUUCAAGUCCCAAUAUCUGGGCCCCAUUCUCGACCCUCUCCUGCGGCAAUUGGUCGUAGUGAACGGCUUGUCUGCUGACGUUGGUCGCUAUCUGGGCAAGCUAUCUACAGUAUCCCAGAUGGAUGACUUUGCCACUAUGAAGGCAAACAUUGUCACACUCUGCGAGUCUCUGAGCUCGUCAUCGUCACAGUUCCAAGUGGCUGAUGCCGGUCGUGCCAAUGCCGAUCUGGACCGCAAUCUCUGGGCGGAGUGGUUUAUCCACCAAGAGAAGGCCCGGAUGAAGGAGGUUCUCAAUCUCUAUUGGCAGAACGGCCGCCGGCCACCCACCAACAAGACCAUGUCUAACGGUGGCUCUGGGCACAUGUCUGACAAGGAUAUCUCGUCUUCCAUGCUCCUCGGCGAGAUCUUUGAAGGCAUUCGCAAGCGACCUUACGGCGAGGACAGCGAGCCUCACGAAGGGGUUGAACUGGGUGUGUUCGUGAUCCGACGAACAAACUGA